AUGUUCUUCUUCUUCACAUGCGGAACACACACCUUCACAUCCAAGCUCUCCGGCGCAGAACACAUAACAGUGCAAUGUCAAAACUGCGGAAACUUUAGCGGACGAGUCAUGAAACGCUGGGAAUGGUUUACCUUCUGCUUCAUCCCCGUCAUCCCCUUCUCCAUCAAACCCUACAAGGAAGUCGGCUGCCACAUUUGCAACUUCUGGCAGGAUAUAAAGUACCGGCCGGAUGUACAGUCGCAGAUGGGUCAAGGCGGUGCGAGUCAGGGCGGUGCUGUUAUGAUGGCGGGCGGUAAUGGCGCGCCUGGUGCUCCUGGUGGAGGCGGGGGUGGGUAUGGACCGCCGCCGCAGGGGGUGCCGCAGUAUAAGUGA